AUGAUGGAAAAACGCAGAGAUGAGGAAUCAGAUACCUUGAAGGGCCGUAGCUGGUACGAAAACCAACGUUCAAAUCAUGAUAUCAUCUCGCGUCGCGAGAUUAACAGUGGCGAAAUGAUUUCCACACUAUGGAAAUUGGACCGCGAGCACAAAGCAGGCAGCCUCCUAAUGAAAUUGAAACCGAGUGGAAAGCGGCUGAAGUCAGACGGAGCCAGGCAGCAGUAG